GCGUACGCGGGCCGCAUGGAGGCCAUGGUCCGCGACGUCCGGCAGGACCUCGGCAUGCCCAACCUCCUCUUCAUCCAGGUUGGGCUCGCGACGGGGCAGGGCAGGUUCGUGGAUCUGGUGCGCAAGGCGCAGACGGCGGUGAGGGCGCCCAACCUGAGGUACGUCGACGCCAAGGGGCUCGCCGUCGCCAACGACAACACGCAUCUCACCACCCAGGCGGAGGUCCGCCUCGGCGCCAUGCUCGCCGACGCCUACCUCGCCACGCUCCACUAGUUCACUUCCGGCGUGAUUGCUUGAUUGAUGAUUGGUACUAGCUCGUAUGGAUUUUUGCGUGUUUUUAGAUUUGGCUCGGCAGAUGCUGCAUGAGUGAAACCCGAAACUUGGACAAGUUUUUUGCAUUUCCUUUGGUUGCUAAAAAUAUUCUGAUGCAGCUUCGGCC